AUGGGUAUUCAGGGUCUUCUUCCUCAAUUAAAGUCUAUUCAAAAUCCAGUGUCACUACGUAGAUAUGAAGGAGAAGUAUUAGCAAUUGAUGGCUAUGCGUGGCUACAUAGAGCUGCCUGCUCAUGCGCCUAUGAACUUGCAAUGGGAAAGCCGACCGAUAAGUACUUACAGUUCUUCAUCAAACGAUUAAGUCUGUUGAAAACUUUCAAAGUUGAACCAUAUUUGGUGUUUGAUGGAGAUGCCAUUCCUGUCAAAAAAUCCACCGAAUUUAAAAGAAGGGACAAGAGACAGGAGAACAAAGCCAUCGCUGAGAGACUGUGGGCCUGCGGAGAAAGGAAAAAUGCUAUGGACUAUUUCCAAAAAUGUGUUGAUAUAACUCCUGAUAUGGCGAAGUGUAUCAUAUGUUACUGUAAGCUUAACGGUAUUCGUUACAUUGUGGCCCCAUUUGAGGCAGACUCUCAAAUGGUAUAUUUAGAACAAAAGAACAUUGUGCAAGGAAUAAUUUCCGAAGAUUCAGAUCUCCUCGUCUUUGGAUGUCAACGUCUCAUUACCAAGUUAAACGAUUAUGGAGAAUGUUUAGAAAUAUGUCGAGAUAAUUUCAAUAAACUCCCUAAGAAAUUUCCGUUGGGAUUGUUAACGGAUGAAGAAAUUAGAACAAUGGUUUGUUUAUCUGGUUGUGAUUACACCAAUGGAAUCCCCAAAGUCGGCUUAAUUACCGCCAUGAAAUUGGUUAGAAGGUUUAAUACCAUGGAAAGAAUACUCCUGAGGAUACAGCGAGAGGGAAAACUUGCAAUUCCAGAUGCAUACAUCGAUGAAUACGAAGCUGCGGUCUACGCAUUUCAAUUUCAAAGGGUCUUUUGUCCUAUUCAGAAGAGGAUAGUGAGUUUGAAUGAAAUUCCACUGCAUUUAAGAGAUACCGAAAGUAAAAGAAAGAAGCUCUAUGAAUGCAUUGGCCAUGUCAUACAUAGAGAAACCCAAAAAAGGCAAAUUGUCCAUUUUGAUAACGAUAUAGACCACCACUUGCACUUCAAAAUUGCUCAAGGGGAUUUGAACCCAUACGAUUUUCAUCAACCGCUGGCUAACAGAGAGCACAAAUUGCAACUGGUAUCCAAAUCAAACUUGGAGUUCGGGAAUAGUAACAUUAACUGCACUGGAGUCAAAAAUAAACCAAUAGAAUCAUUCUUUCAUAAAGUACAAGGAGGGGAUCAUGCCUCUAAAGUUGUUACUAACGUUCAUAAAAUAAGGCAAUUGGAAGAUAAGCUGACAAUGACUAUUAAACGUAGGAAAUUAAGUAAUGUUGAUGCAGUUCAAGAGACUUUGCAGGGCACAAGAAGCAAAUUCUUCAAUAGAACGUCCAUGACUAUUAUAGAAGACUUUAAUGAAGAAAACAUCUCACAAAAUUAUACAGAGGAAGCAAAUGCACAGCCACCAAUGGGCUCUAUUUCCGAGUCCCAGUUAUCCACCCAAAUACCCAGCUCUUUUAUCAAAAACAAUCUAGAAGUUGAUGACAAUCCAAGCGAAGAAGUGUCUGAAGUCGUAAGCGACGUUGAAGAACAUCGAAGAAUUAAGGAAUGCCUUGACAAAGAGACCAUGGGCGACGAAGUGCAUAGCACAGACGAUGAUGAUGAUGAUGAUACUACCGAAGAUUACAGCGAAACCGCUGAGCAAAGGACUCCGACAAGCAGUACUAGCUCAUUACCAGGAUCAUCGCAAAGAAGCAUAUCGGGGUGCACAAAGGUCUUGCAAAGAUUUAAAUACUCUUCGUCUUUUAGUGGAGUAAGUGACGGUAGGCAACCACUAUUUCCGCGCAAUGUUAAUCAAAAAAGUAAAGGGAUAGUAUACGUUAAUCAAAACAGAGAUCAUGAUUAUGAAAGUGAAGAUGAUAAGGCCCAAGUCGUGCAAAGACCAUCUCUAAGAAAAACUCUCAUCGGUAAUAGGUCACAAAGAAUAAUUGUUGGCAUGAAAAGUGCCGAUGAAAAAAAGCCAUACAACUCAUCACCCAUUUUGCAUGAGGAGAGCGAAAAGAGAGACGUUGGAGUUACCAAACAAAACCAAACCCGGCCAGCGGUUAGGUCCAUCUCCUUGCUUUCCCAAUUCGUUUAUAAAGGUAAAUAA